AUGCAGCAUCUGCACUUGCAGCAAGCUCCGAGACCAUCUCAAACGACGCCGUUGUUGCGACUGCAGCAGCAACUUCAGCAGCAGCACUCGCGGGAGAUACAGCAGCUACGGGCGCAGCAGCAACAGCAACUGCAAGAUCAACAGCAAGACCAACAGCUGCUCCAGCAGCAGCAACACCAACACCAACACCAACACCAACACCAACAGUUGCUCCAGCAGCAGCAACAGCAGCAACAAAACCAGCAGCUGCACCUGUCGCUGUCUGGUGAACAAGUACUGCUUCCGCAGCAACCGGUGGUGCCUCUGCAGCUGCAGCAUUUGCAGCAACAAAACUCAUUGAGAAGUAUAGAGCAGCGGAUGGUACGACAAUGCCGGAGGGCAAGCAACAGGCAGCUGCGGAAAGAAAGGGAGCGUCGCGGUCGCGGUCGCGGCUGGGACAGACAAGCUGGCUGCCCGUGCGGAUACAUUCCGCACAUCUAUGGUCUGUACAAUAAAGAUAAGCAAUUUUGGGAAUACGUGGAGACAUACGAUUUUGUAGGACUAACUGAAACUUGGGUAGACGAGAAACAAUGGAAUGGGUUACAGAACAGGUUGCCGAACAGUUUCAACUGGAAAUGUCAACUGGCAAAAAAAGAGAAGAACAAAGGUAGAGCGAGCGGAGGCAUCAUAACGGGAGUGAAGAAAAGGAUAACAGAAAGAGAUACACAGGAGGAAAAUUCGGACAUACAAGAAAGGAAGAUUGAGAUACAAGGUAACAUAUGGAGAAUAAUCACGGUAUACAGCAGAGAUAUGAAAAAGACGAGAGAGAAUAUAGAAGAGGCAAUCGGAGGAGACGAAGAAGGUGAAUAUACUUUCAUCGGGGGCAAAGGAAACACAGUAAUCGAUUAUGUAUUAGUAGACCCAGCAAUUAAAGAAGAUAUCAGAAGUUUCAGGAUAGAAGAGAGGAUAGAGUCAGAUCAUUUACCGCUGAAAUUAGAAAUUUAUGGAGAAACCAGUGUAGAGAAGCAAGAAGAAGAGAUAUGGAAGGAGAGACGGCUUUGGACGGAGGAAGGAAAGAGACACUACCAGGAGGAAGUGGAACAAAUUGAAUUCGAAAAGGAGGAUUCAAACGAAAUGAUGGAAGAAAUGGUACAUAAGGUCAACGGGACGGUACUCAAGAAAGUGGUAAAGGUAAUGGAAUUGAAACCAGGACGGGAGAGGAAAAAAAGAAUAGGAACAACAAACAAAGUAAGCAUACAGGGCUGGAGAAGAUAUUUCAUGGAAUUAUUGGAAGGAAAAGAACUAAAGGAUCAAGAAGAAGAGAGAUUAGAGGAUACAGAGGAACAACAGGAUACAAAUGAAAUUAUAACGGAGCAAGAAGUGAUGAGGCAAAUUAAGAAAUUGAAAAAAGGAAAGCAGCAGGGGAAGACGGCCUAG